AUGCUCGCUCCGUCCUUAAACCCGCUUCGCUGCCCUACGCGUGAAGGAUUCUGGGCCACAAUCGAGGCUGCUUGGGCUUUCGUCGAUGUCGGUAACGCCCGUGAGGCCAUGGUCAACUUUAGUGACAACAUCGACCUGACCAAAGCCACCAGGACUGUUUUAUCCAAGUUGCCCGAUUUCAUCGAGGCUCUCACCCAUAUCCUCCAGUACUUCAGCAGUGACGAGUUCGGCGCCUGGACGGAGCACCUCCAAAACUUUAUCAGCGUCCUCGAUGACUGGCAGAUCCGCAUGGUGCUCAACACCGACGAGCACAACUUCCCCGCCAUGGGUGCUUGGGUGGUCGCGAUUGGGCGCCGGUUCUACACCGCCAUCGAACACGAGCCUAGCAAGUACUUCCGCAUCAGCGGCUACAAGACCGGCUGUCCCGGCCUACUGCAACUCGCUCAUGGCCUCCGCCGCGAGAAACAAGAGAACGGCGAGAACGGCCGCAAGGCGGCCCCGAUCAAGACGAGUGAUAGUAGCUCCAGCUCCGGCCCCAGCUCUGAUGAUGAUCGUGACGAACAGGAGCAAGUAGCCGCCUUCCGUGCCCACUUGCGCUCUGUGCAGGAAGGGACAGCCACCAGAGAGGACUUGUAG